UCUUCUCCAGACGCCGGGGGGGGGCCAGGUCCUCAGCCUGGUGCUGCCCCCCCCCAACGUCACCGGCUCCCUGCACCUGGGCCACGCGCUCACCGUCGCCCUCCAGGACGCCCUGGUGCGCUGGCGGCGCAUGCAGGGCUGGACCGUCCUCUGGGUGCCCGGCACCGACCACGCUGGCAUUGCCACCCAGGCGGUGGUGGAGCGGUGGCUGUGGCAGCGCCGAGGGUUACGCCGGCAGGAUCUGACCCGCUCCCAGUUCCUGGAGGAGGUUUGGGCCUGGAAACGCCGACACGGGGACGAGAUCCUGCAGCAGCUGCGGGCGCUGGGGGCGGCGCUGGAUUGGAGCCGCUGCGCCUUCACCAUGGACCCGAGUUUCUCGCGGGCGGUGGCCGAGGCCUUUGUGCGGCUGCACGAGGCCGGGCUGAUUCACCGCGACCGGCGUCUCGUCACCUGGUCCUGUGCCCUGCGCUCCGCCCUGGCCGACGUGGAGGUGGAGCCCCGCGCCCUGACGGGCCCCACGGCGCUGCGUGUCCCCGGUUGUCCCCACGCUGUCACCUUCGGCGUCCUCGUCACCUUCGCCUACCCCGUGGAGGGAGGGGAUGGCCUGGAGCUGCCGGUGGCCACCACGCGCCCUGAGACGAUGCUGGGGGACGUGGCCGUGGCCGUGCACCCCGAGGACCCCCGGUACAUGCACCUCCAUGGCCGCCAGCUCCGGCACCCCUUCACGGGGCAGCUCCUGCCCGUCAUCACUGACCCCUCCGUGGAGCCCGCCCGUGGCACCGGGGCGGUGAAGGUGACACCGGGGCACAGCCCCCCCGACCUGGCGCUGGCCCGCGCCCACGGGCUGUCCCCGCUCUCCGUCAUCGGGGACGAUGGCACCAUGUGUCCCCCGGGCGGGGGGUGGCUCCAGGGCGUCCAUCGCUUCGUGGCGCGGGAGCAGGUGGUGGCCGCCCUGGCCCAGCGUGGCCUGUACCGCGGCACCCAGGACCACGCCAUGACGCUGCCCCUGUGCAGCCGCUCGGGGGACGUCAUCGAGUACCUGCUGAAGAGCCAGUGGUUCCUGCGGUGCUGGGAGAUGGCGCAACGCGCCCGAGAGGCGGUGACGUCGGGGCAGCUCAGGCUCGUCCCCAAAUUUCACGAGAAGAACUGGAAGACGUGGAUGGACAACGUUGGGGACUGGUGCCUGUCGCGACAGCUGUGGUGGGGACACCGGGUGCCGGCGUACCGGGUGGGGGAUCCCCCGGCGGGGUCCCCCUCCGAGGGGCUCUGGGUCGUGGGGCGCCACGAGGCCGAAGCCCGCGCCGCCGCCGCCCGCGCCUCCGCCCGCCCCCCCGAGGAGCUGCAGCUCCAGCAAGACCCCGACGUCCUGGACACCUGGUUCUCCUCCGCCCUCUUCCCCUUCGCCGCCCUGGGCUGGCCCCAAGAGACCCCCGACCUGCGGCGCUUUUACCCCACGGCCGUGCUGGAGACGGGCAGCGACCUGCUCUUCUUCUGGGUGGCCCGAAUGGUCAUGCUGGGCCAGCAGCUUACCGGGAGGUUGCCCUUCGCUCAGGUCCUUCUGCACUCGCUGGUGCGCGACGCCCAGGGCCGCAAGAUGAGCAAGUCCCUGGGCAACGUCAUCGACCCCCGCGACGUCAUCGCCGGCGCCACCCCCCAGGAGCUGCAGGAGAGGCUCUGCCACAAGCUCCUGGACCCCCACGAGCUCAAGGUGGCCACAGAGGGCCAGAGGCGCCAGUUCCCCCACGGCAUCCCCGAAUGCGGCACCGACGCCCUCCGCAUGGCCCUGUGCGCCCACAACGUCCACGGUGACGACAUCCGCCUGGACGUGGCCGGCGUCCUGAGCUACCGUCACUUCUGCAACAAGGUCUGGAACGCCGUCAAGUUCGUCCUCGCCGCUCUGGGCCCCGACUUUGUCCCCCGACCCCCCGAGGAGACGGUGCCGCAGCGGCCCAUGGAGCGCUGGGUGCUGAGCCGGCUGGCGCAGGCGGCGGGGGAAUGCGGGAGGAGGAUGGAGGCCCUGGAGGUCCACGGCGCCGUCGCCGCCGUCCACCAUUUCUGGCUGCGGAGCUUCUGCGACGUCUACCUG